AUUACUUGAUAGCUAGAGGGUGCACAUCUUUUAACCACAAGAGAGUGGAGCAGCACAGAGCACAGAGCAAACAAACAAUGAUGGAUCUUUACUUCAGAGGCACCAUGUGGAUGAUACUCGUGCUAUUUACAUUUCUACAUCUUACCUCAAGCAAUUCUUGCCCCAGCGCCUGCCGGUGCACCGAUAAAGGUGCUGCCAUGUGUGUUGGCCCCACCAUCACGGAUGUACCACCUUUGCCUCGCCACACAUACCUGCUGCAGCUCAGUGGCACAAACAUGAAUGUCAUAAAUGAGCGAAGUUUGGCAAAUCUGGACCUCCUGCUGCGUUUUGGUCUCAUGCAGAGUCAUCUACACACUGUCCAUCCUCAGGCUUUCCACGUAGCUCCCCAGCUCUUGUCUGUCAAACUGUCAUCUAAUGAUCUCUCUGCCCUUCCUCCUCGAGUGUUCAGUCCACUUACUGCUCUGGAGCAGCUACAUUUAAAUGGGAACCAAUUUGAAAACAUCCAUCCGGAUAUGUUUGAAGGACUUGGUGAGUUGAAGGACAUGGACCUAAGCCGCAACAACCUCAGGAGUCUUGCUUCAGACAUUUUUGAUGGAUUGACCAACCUCAUCUUUCUGAAUCUUGGUAGGAACUUCUUAAAGAAGCUUCCGCCUACCAUCUUUCACUCUUUGACUAACCUUCGCCAUCUUACGCUUUAUCACAAUGAGCUAGAGGUGCUAGAAGCUGGGAUCUUUGAUAAACUGAUCAACCUUGAGGAGCUAAAACUCCAUCAUAACCAGAUUGCCAGCCUUCCAGCUCAAGUCUUUUGGUCUCUGAGAAACCUGCAAAUUCUGACGCUGUCCUCCAACCGAUUGCAGGCUGUCCCGGUAAAGAGCUUCUACAACAUGCCAAAGUUGAGCAAACUCACCCUUUACAAGAAUCCACUUUUAUCUCUACCAGUUGAGCUGAUGGGUCACAUGCCUGACAUGAGAGAAUUUUAUCUAUAUGGAACCAACCUCACCACUGUUCCUGGAAAUUUGUUCACUAACAUGUCUGGGCUGUUGAUGCUUAACUUCAAUUUAAAUGACAAUCUGAGGGACUUGCCUUCAGAUGUUUUCUGCUGUCUUCCCAAACUCCAAAACCUGUCACUAAAAUUCAACAACCUCCAUCAUCUACAUCCCCAGCUGUUCUCCAACCUAACCACCCUGAACAAACUACACCUCAAUGACAAUAAGCUGGAUAGCCUACCAGAAAACCUCUUUCACGGUCUUGGAGAGAUUCUUGAAAUUUUAUUGAUGAAUAACAACCUUAAGAGUCUUCCAGGAGAUAUCUUCUUGUCAAAUACAGCUUUGAAGAAUUUGAGUCUAAGUGGCAACCCCUGGGAAUGCAAUUGUGCUAUCAGAGACAUUGCAAGAUGGAUAAGACAUAAUGAGCAUGUCCUUUUUGACAGAGAUGAUGUGAUAUGUCACAGUCCAAUGUACCAGGUACUGCGUACCCUUGGCUCUCUGCGUGAUGAAGAGUUCAGCUUUUGCAGUGUUAAAACAUUCAAGAUUUCUUUUGAGCCAACGCAACUGCUCCACAACUUGUCAACUGUUGGACAAACAUCGCCUUUAACUUCCAUAACCACAUCACCCGAAUCAAGCACCCUUCAAGGUGCUGCCCAGUCCACUCAAGGAGCUACCCAGUCCACUCUAGAGGCUAUCCAAAUAGUCACCAACAAAACAACGCUCUCAGCAGUAUGUUCCACCGAAGUCAGUGCUAAACUUGCUCAGGACAUGUCACCUCCUUUUUAUGACACAUUGGUGCUUGAACAGGGACCUGAGUUUGUGCACCAUAACCUUCACAAAGGCUGGGUGUAUGUGUGGUUUCUGCCCUCAAACACUACUUUGAUUGGGUUCUUCAUGUUCUGUCACAUCCUUCUAGUAGCUGCAGGCUUGUUAUUGAUUCUUGCUACUAUGUAUGGUAUGUAUCGCCUCAGCAAGGCCAUGAAUAAGCUAAAGGCUGAGUGUUCUCAUGAUGAAGGGUAACACACUGUGUUAUCAGGCCUGGUGCAUAUGUAGAUAAACUGCCCUCUUCCAGCAACAGAUGACAGUGACUGUUGUCUGUUGUGUUUUCGCCCUAUAGCUUUUCUUUAGGACUAUCAGACUCUGAAUGUGGGAUUCAAAAUAUUAUAGAGCUAAAUCUUGUGGAAUAUAAAAUAAAAUAAAAAGUACAUUAAGGUAAUAUUGUAUUCAAUGCAUGUAAUACAGUAUUUAAAAAAAAAACAGCGCUAAACUAAUGUGCGUACAUCAAUGUCUGUGAGUAGUCAAUAUGAAACAUUUAACUGUCAUAUAUAAAAGUGAAUUAAAUAUUUCAGGAGACAAGCAGCUCAAUUUAAAAAUAUCUCUUUGGACUCUGGACAGUUGUGUGUUUUUUCCCCAAUUCUUUUUAACAUUUUAUAGACCAGAGCUCGGCAACCUUUACUGUCAAAAGCACGUUCAGGCCUACUUUGAAACAGAAUGGCCAGUCCUAUCUAUUUAUGUCCAUAUUAGAAGUAACCUACUUUGACAAUAAAUAAAGCACACACCUGCCUAAUAGAUCUAAAAACAGUUAAAAAAAAAAAAGAAAGAAAGAAAGAAAGAAAGGUCAGUUUCAGUUUUAUUUGGACUGAAAUCCAGCCACAUAUCAAGCAUGCCAGUAGGCCGGCAGCAUUAGCAAUGAAAGUAAAACAGGUUUUGAAAUCCAAAGCUGAGCAGACUAAAGAAUAACAUUUUUGUGUGCACAUCCAUGUUAGUCACUGUUACUGAGGUUCAGCAAAAUUAAGAGGACAAGGCCCCAGGUGAUAGACACAGGCUAUGAUGCACAUAUCCAAACUUUAAAAAAAAAAAAAAAA